UUCCUUCUAAAUUUCUUCAUUCUCUCGUGCCAACUUGCCCAUACAAAUCACCCCAUGGACCAUACAAAUUAGCUAUCAUCCCCUAAUCACUGCUACCUUCCAGAUCCGAUCCAAUAACCCACCCAGAUCAUCAGACAACACACCCAUUAAACGGGAAUCGGAACCAUAACCGGACCAAUAAAACGAUCCAUCACGAAAUGGCGGCUUCGCGUCGGCUCCAGGAGCUCCAAUCGCAGCUGGGCAACAAGAUCUGUGUGGACUGCUCGCAGAAGAAUCCCCAGUGGGCCUCCGUAUCCUACGGCGUUUUCAUGUGCCUUGAAUGCUCCGGCAAGCACCGUGGCCUUGGUGUUCAUAUCUCGUUCGUCCGAUCGGUCACUAUGGAUACGUGGUCGGAGAUCCAGCUCAAGAAAAUGGAACUCGGAGGAAAUGAUAAAUUAAAUCAAUUUCUGGCCCAGUACGGAAUCCCCAAGGAAACUGAAAUUGUUACGAAGUAUAAUACCAAUGCCGCCUCCGUUUAUCGCGAUCGCAUCCAGGCCCUUGCCAAGGGAAAGCCCUGGUGCGAUCCCCCUAUAGUAAAAGAAACUUUGAAACCAACUACCAAUAGCAAUGUUACAAACAAAAAUAAACCGCCAUUGAGUGGUGGUGUUAAUGGUGGUAGGAAUGAUAGUUUUGGGAAUAAUGGGGGAUGGGAUAAUUGGGAUAGUUAUGAUGACGGAGGAUUCAAUAGUAAUAAUUCUAAUAAUAUUAGGAGGAACAAUACCGUGGGGGACUUUAGGGGCGGGGGAAGUGCAGGCGGUGCCCCAGGAAGGUCGAGGUCCGCUAAUAACAUAUAUUCUCAAGCCCAAUUGGAGGCUUCAGCUGCCAAUAAGGAGGGCUUCUUUGCAAGGAAGAUGGCAGAGAACGAGUCCCGGCCCGAGGGCCUCUCACCCUCCCAAGGUGGGAAGUAUGUCGGAUUUGGCUCGAGUCCGGCCAUGCCUAGAAACAGUUCUGAGCCGGAUGUUCUUUCCACAGUUACUCAGGGUUUUGGUAGGUUAUCUGUGGUUGCUGCAUCGGCUGCUCAGUCAGCUGCAAGUGUUGUUCAAGCAGGGACUAAGGAGUUCACUUCUAUGGUAAAAGAGGGAGGCUAUGAUUACAAGGUGAAUGAAACUGUCAAUGUUGUGACUGCAAAAACUUCAGAGAUUGGUCAGAAGACAUGGGGACUCAUGAAAGGGGUAGUGGCUUUGGCUUCACAGAAGGUUGAGGAGUACAAUAAAGAAGGCUCUGACUGGAAGAAUGGCUGGCAACAAAAUGAAAACGAAGGAAGUGGUUACUAUCAGGAAUUUGGACAGGAGUCUAAAGGAUGGAAUUCUUCAGCUGCGUCUGGUCGACAAUUUAACUCUGCCAGUUCUGGUUCCUGGGAUGAUUGGGAUAGCAAAGACAGUAGGAAAGAAGAUUCAUCACAGGGGUCAAUAUCCCAUAAUGGGCAUAGCUGGGCAGGCUGGGAUGAUGUUAAAGAUGAUGGGUACGAUAAUUUCUAUCAAAAAGCAUCUGGUCACAAGGCUGCAGGUUGUAAUGGGAAAUCUGAAAACAAGUGGACAGAGGGUGGUUUUCUUUAAGGUGAUUGCUUGGAUGUUGGUGCGAAAUUGAUGGAGAUCCAUAUGGAUAUUCUUUGAAGACUUAUGUAAUCUAGAUAUUCAUUUUAGGCAGAACAGUAAGAAAUACUUUGGAAGAUAUUUUGAUUAAUUUACUCUCUUUCCUUUCUGUAGUUAUUUGUUUUGAAUUAUGUAAUUUUCCAUGCUGUUGGUUUUAUAGAUUUCCUUCUUUACUGGAGAUUUCAA